UUGGAUCUUGGCUUGUCCCCCAAGUUCUUACAGUUAAAAACACUCCUGUCUUCAACUUUUCCAAUAUCAUCAGAUCGCAAAUCAAUAACCAGACCAGAACAAUAAUCCCAUCCUUAAAACAAAAUCUCUGUCUUUUGUUCUUUAAAGGGUAACAAAGAAAUUUAGAAGGAAAAUUAAAGGGAAAAGACCUAAUUUUUUGUUAUUUAGAAAAUAUCCUAACAAAAAAUGGCGAGAUAUGAUCGGGCAAUUACAGUAUUCUCCCCUGAUGGUCAUUUAUUCCAAGUGGAGUACGCACUCGAAGCCGUACGUAAAGGUAACGCAGCCGUCGGUGUCCGCGGCACCGAUAUCGUCGUCCUCGGCGUCGAGAAAAAAUCUGCCGCCAAGCUCCAAGACUCCAGGAGUGUUAGAAAGAUUGUGUCUUUGGAUGAUCAUGUUGCUCUGGCUUGCGCGGGUUUAAAAGCCGAUGCACGAGUCUUGAUUAAUAGGGCUCGAAUCGAAUGCCAGAGCCAUAGGCUUACAGUUGAGGAUCCUGUAACUGUUGAAUAUAUAACACGAUACAUUGCUGGUCUGCAACAGAAGUAUACACAGAGCGGUGGUGUUAGGCCAUUCGGCCUUUCUACUUUGAUCAUCGGUUUUGAUCCCUAUACCGAUGUUCCUUCUCUGUACCACACUGAUCCAUCUGGAACAUUUUCGGCUUGGAAAGCUAAUGCAACUGGGAGAAACUCUAAUUCGAUGAGGGAGUAUCUGGAGAAAAAUUAUAAAGAAACUUCUGGACAAGAAACGGUGAAGUUAGCUAUUCGCGCUUUGCUCGAAGUUGUCGAGAGUGGUGGAAAGAACAUAGAAGUAGCCGUGAUGACCAAAGUGCAUGGACUGCGGCAACUGGAAGAAGCUGAAAUUGAUGCAAUUGUUGCCGAGAUUGAAGCAGAGAAAGCAGCUGCAGAGGCUGCAAAGAAGGCCCCGGCCGCCCCUAAAGAAACCUAGCUUGAUGUCUUGUAUCUCCAUGCCCCGGCUUCUGCUUGAAAUGGUUUCGGUUAUGUCGAUUGGUUGGAGAUGUUGAGUUUCAGCUAC